CCAAGAGAGUCAGCUGAUUUUUGCUUGGCAACACUGAGAUGUUUUUGUUUAUGUUCAGCCAAAGUGUCAAAAAUCACAAGUUUUGCUUUUAUAUGGAACUAGAAAAUAAUGAAAAUGCAAACCGACGAGCUUCCACAUAUUAAAACUGACCUGGAUUAUACUCAGAUACCGCCCAUACAGCAAAAACGCAUUAUCGCAUUCGUAAACCACUUUAUCACCAACACGGUGUCUUACCUGAACACUUUUUGUCAGUCGUGCGAGUCUCGCUUCAUGCAAUUCGAAUACAAAGUGCAAAAAAUUGAGGCCUCCCUACUCAUACUGGAGUCCCAACUUUCUUCAAUACCAGGGUUCAACGGAGAGCAAUCGCCAAGCAACGCCAAUGAAAGUCCGAAAGUACCCCAAAGUGAAACACUGGCCUUACCCGAGUUAGUUGAUAAGCCAGUUUCAGUAGACUCUGUCCAGGAAAAUGUUACAGUAAAUAAUGAGGCCAAUCAGGCGCAGCAGGAGCCAGUUGGGCAAACCGGUGUGAAAGCUAGUGAAGACCCAAGAUUUGCAAAAUUCUUCAAAAUGUUGAAGGUUGGAGUACAAGCGCCGGCAGUCAAGCUCCAAAUGAAAGCUGAAGGAGUUGAUCCAGCCGUUUUAGACAAUCCAGAUGCAGUUAUUCCGGAUGUGUAGUUUAGGUGAAGUUUCCAAUUCCUUUACAUACAUAAGACCUUUUUACUACUCUAAGGACCACUUAUAUCACUAUAUGCACCAAAUAUAUAUUUUUCAGACUGUAAAUGAAAUAAACAUUUUGAAAUAAAACAAACAUAGUCAA